AUGCUUAGACAUAGCUUGGUAGUCGCCUUGUCGCUGGCCACAGCCACUCUCGGCUGUGCGACACACAAUUACCACGCGCAGCUGGCAAAGCGACAAGACGGGGCCAACGGGGGCAACUCAUCAACUGGCCCGGAAGCCAGCGAUUGGAGCUACGAUGCAUCGUUCGACUGGGGAAGAGUCAGCGCAGAGUACGAACUUUGCCAAGCUGGGACACAGCAGUCUCCAAUUGCGCUCAGCCUCAACAAUGGGCUAUCUUUGAAUCACAUUCCUACGUUCAACUAUCCCAAUGAGACAUCGGGGAAAUUUUGGAACUGGGGUUACGGUCCUGCUUUUACUUUGGAGCACGAGGAGGGAGUCUAUACUGACAACCCAUCCGUGACCUACGACAACGAGACUGUGUACCUUAUCGGCUGGCACAUUCAUACCCCGGCUGACCACUCGAUAAACAACUACCGCACCCGUGCUGAGCUGCAUCUCGUGCACGUCGACGCCGAGGGCCACGAGAAGGCAGUCUUUGCCAUCAUGCUUGAUCCAGGGAACACCAAUGAUGCUUUCGUGGACCAGUUCAUUUCGCCUCUGAUUAGGUUCAACGACACCCAGGAAGUGGACACGACCCUGUCUCUGCCUGAGGCUCUUGCGAGCGUGGCGAGGUUCAAUGAGUUCUGGUCAUACGAGGGCAGCCUGACAAGCCCUCCUUGCCACGAAGGGAUUCGAUGGUUUGUAGCACGACAGGUGAUGUUUACAAGCAACGACCAAAUGCAAAGGAUUUUGGCCGCAAGCACGUACAGUGCUAGGGAAGAGCAGAUGGUGUGGCAGCAUAGAAUCAAUGAGUAA